AUGAACAUUGUAAGCAAAGUCAAUGAAGUAAUUCUACCCGAGGCCAAUGAUCCGCAGUACAUUUCGGAGAACAGUUUCAUAAUCCUCAAUAAGAUGUACGCUGAACAAGGACGACAUGAGUCCAUAUGGGGAAUCUUGCGGGCAUUCCACUAUACAAAUUCCCUUUCUUUGAAUGACAAGUUCUUGUAUCCUCAUCUCGACGUUCACCCAAACUCGAGUGUCGAACUAAGCCCUACGGGAUACCGAUUUUUGGUUGACUUGUUUUUGAAAUUCGAUAAAGACAAUGACGGCGGCCUUAAUGACGAGGAACUUGCUAAUUUGUUCCUUCCCACACCUGGAAUCCCAAAACUUUGGCAAGAAUCACAGUUUCCGUCGUCCAUUGUGCGCAACGAAGAAGGAUACGUCUCACUUCAAGGCUGGCUUGCCCAAUGGAAUUUGACGACAUUUUUGGACCAUCGCACAACUCUUGAGUACUUAGCAUUUCUCGGGUUUGAUGAGGAAAGUUCUGUCAAAGCUCUCCGUGUGACAAAACCAAGGAAGAUUCGCCAAAAACAGGGUAAACAAUACCGUGGGGCUGUGAAUGACCGCAAUGUGUUCAACUGCUUUGUAUUGGGCGCCCCGAAAUCCGGAAAGACAUCUCUUCUCGAGCUGUUUAUUUCUGGUUCUUACAGCGAGGUGUACCUGCCAACGAUUAAGCCUCGUAUUUGCGUGAAAGAUAUCGAACUCCGUGGCGGUAAACAGUGCUACUUGAUCUUGGAGGAAUUGGGGGAACUUGAACCUGCCAUACUCGAAAACAAGCAAAGGCUUGACCUGUGUGAUGUCAUUUGCUACACCUACGAUUCUUCGGAUCCUAGUCUGUUCCAGUACUUGGUGGAACUUCGACAAAAAUACAGCAAGAUGUUGGAUGACGUGCCAUCGAUUUUUGUGGCGUUAAAAGCUGACCUCGACAAGCAAGAACAGCGGGCCGAUGUGCAGCCGGAAAACUACACACGAGACCUUUUUUUGAGCUCGCCUCUUCACAUUUCCAAUGCAUGGACUACGUCAUUACACGAGUUGUUCAUACAACUUGUAGACGCUGCUAAGACACCUAGCGCCGCAACUCCAGGGCUAGAGACACAAACAGACUCUGCCGAUUUAGAAAAUCUCAAACAUUUUUUAGUGACAGGUGGCGCCGUCGGAGUGAUGGCUAUUUUCUCAGUCUUUAUAUGGCGAGGACUUCGGCUGGCAAAAUGA